AUGUUCGCUCCCGCGCGCGCCUCCCUCCGCGCUCCCUGCGCUCGAUGUCCCCCCUCCCUCCUCCGGCCUGCUCUCCCACGCGCUCCAACUCUCGCCUCCCCCUUCCCUCGGCUGACGGCGUCUGGAUCCGUGUCAUCCCCGCACUUAGCAACGCGCGGAGGGGAGCGGGCUCUGCCCCCGGCAGGGCCAUCGACCACGGCUGGAGAUAACCUGGGGGCCUCUGCCCGCCCCACGAGGGCCCCAAGUGCAGGGAUGGAGGAGGGCGUCGGGACAGACAGAAUGGACGAAUGGCAAGGCGUUUAUCCUGAGCAGCCGAAGAGCAAAAUCUGCAGUGGAAUGUCGGGGCAGUAUCAUUCACCCAACUUACAGAUGACAAAGCCAGGCCAAUAAGGAUCG